ACUAUUGCGGAAAUAGAGUGGCACUCCUAGAUAUCCCACAAUUCCUUUUAUGAAUACGGAAGUUUGUGGAAAUUUGGACAAAAUCUGACAAAAUGUCGACGUUAGAACUUCUUUUCGAAAAUGAAAUUCCUGCUGGAAGACAGGCUUUGCAGGACAGUCAUCACAACUUGCAAGAUGUAGCUAAUUAUUGCGAAGAUAAUUAUCUAAAGGCUACUGAUAAGAGGAGAGCACUGGAGGAAACCAAGAACUUCACCACUCAAUCCCUUGCCAGCGUAGCAUAUCAGAUCAACACACUCGCCACCAGCAUGCUACAGAUGCUAGAUCUUCAAGCCACUCAGCUGGCCACCAUGGAGUCCAGUAUCAAUCACAUAGCACAGAAUGUUGCCAUUCACAAGGAGAAAGUAGCUCGUCGAGAGAUUGGUGUAUUAACCACCAACAAGAAUUGCCCCCGCACUCAUAAGGUCAUCACACCACCCAAUCCUGAGAAGCAGCUUAAGUAUAAAUCCGCUCCCAUUGACUUUCAAGCCCUGGAUGAUGUAGGUCAUGGUCUCAAACUUAGUUCUCCCUCAACAGUGUCAGGUAGAGCUACUCGUGAGCGAGCAGACUCACAAGCGAGCACUUCUACAUCUAACAGUGGUGGUGGUGGGUACGAAGCAUUGCCAGUCUAUCAGCCGCGACUGGAUGACCCGUAUAACUCCAUGCGUAGGCGAAUGCCCAACCACCCACCGGUUGCACCGACUGUACCAUCCCAGUAUAUGUCUAUCGGUAGAGUGGGCAUGCGGGAUUCUCAGCACGGGGCACCGCCAAAGGAAAGGCCUUCGAUUCAAGGAUACAUGCAGGGACAGCCUGAACCAAAUGUACCUCCAGCCCCUCCCCCACCUCCAAGCAUGCCAGGUACUCUCCCUGGUAUGGGGCAUGCCGGUCAAGCACCACCUCCACCUCCUCCUGGCAUGGGUGGUCCAUCACACACUCACAUGGGCCAACCACCACCACCAAAUAUGGGUCCUCCUGCCCCUCCGGCACCUCCCAUAGGAGGUAUGAUGCCCCCCGCACCUUCACCUGCACCAGCGGCACACCAACCACCCCAAGCAGCCCAUCAACCACCCCCACAGCAACAGCCAAAUUUUGCGGCACAGCUGAACCAGGCUAUUGGUAUGAGGCCGGGUGCAGGAGAGGCAAAGCGUAGCUCAAUAAACCCAUAUGGAGAUAUUGGUAUGCCUCCACCACCUGAUAUGGGAGGCUCUGAUUUACCACCUCCCCCUAUGGAUGCCAUUGUUUAUAGCCGUGAGAGUAUCGUGAUGCCUCCCCCUCCAGAGUUUGAACAGGCUGAAGAUGACCAGAUUGUCCCAGCGCAGUACAUCGAGAAAGUUGUUGCAGUGUUUGACUAUGGUGCCGACAGAGAAGAUGAGCUUUCAUUUGAAGAAGGGUCAAUCAUCUAUGUACUGAAGAAGAACGAGGAUGGCUGGUAUGAAGGAGUCAGCCAUGGCAUGACUGGACUCUUCCCUGGUAACUAUGUGGAACUUUGUCCAUAGACAGACAGACACUGCCCUAGAGACAGAGAGAGAGAGAGAGACUCUUUGAGCUCUGAAAGACAAGAGUGUCACGUAGAAGGAUGGGUGUUGGGCAGGGGAGGGGUGGGGGGGGGGGGGGGUGGAGGCAGCGACGUCUUCCCACUCAACAGUUUUUGCCAGGAACUUUAAUCUGCUCUCUAUAGUUGGUUAAUGUAACUUAGAUAAUUAAUGGUGUUUUGAUUAAUGUGCUCUUUUAUUUUUUUUUUUUUGGGGGGUGGUUAAAUAUUCAAAUACUUCAUGUGUUGUUGGAUGUAUAUUAUGUGUAUAUAUUGUAUAUAUUAUUAUACAACUCACUCCUAGAUCCUAAUCAAAUGAUUGGUCAAACGUGAUCACGUGCGAUUCAUUUACUCAGACUAUCCCACGUUUUUUUUAAUUAAAAAACAAUUUCAAAUACUAUUCAAAGAUUUUUAAGUAUGUGAUGUUCAGCAGUGCGCGUAUAGAGCUAAGUGCACUUAAUUUUGUGUACAAGCUAAAGUAAGCAUAUUGAACUAGGCAUAUAUUUGUCAGUGAUAUUGACACAAAAUAAUCUUUUUUUAACACUUUUUACAUCAAAUAACAAGGACCUGGGAGUUAUGUUAUAUAAGGCAAAUGAUGCAUGUUUUCAUUCAUUCAUUAUAUGAUCUACGGCUCUUGUUUAGUCUGUUUUUGCACCUAUUGUACGACGGUUUCAUAUGAUAGAUGCAUACAGCCUCAACUUGAUUGCAGAUAGAUCAUACAAUGAACUCAUUCACAUGCAUUAUUUGUGUACUAUAUGUAUCAUCGGUUUAGUCUUUUCAACAUGGAUUUGAAGUAGGUGUCAUGUAUAUUCAUAGCUGUGUGUGUAUCAAAUGUGUCGAGAUUAAAACAAUUUCCAUGCUUCUAUUUAAUUUGUUAUUUUGUUUUAUAAACUCUUAACCUGAGGGAGUCAUAUCUACAUACAGAAAUGUGUAGUUUGGGAUAACAUACAUGUAUAUGAUUCAUACUUUAAGUGUUUAUAUAUAAAUAGAUAUACAUUUUAUACAUUCUUUAUGUGUUUCUAUACUGGUACAUGUGUACAAAUGUCCAAACAGGAAUGAUAGAAAUAGAAUCACUGAAUACCGCCAUCAACGCAGUUUGGAUUUAUGAAUAUGGUAUAUUUUUUAACAAAUUGUGAUGCAAACCAGAUUUAUAGUAUUAUUUGUAUCUUGAACUGUGAUACCGAUUCAAGUACAGUAAAACCUGUCUUAGUGGCCACCUCUCUAUAAAAGCCACCUGUCUAAAGUGGCCAUGCAUUUUGUCCCCCUUGAGAGAGAAAUGUGUUGUAGAACCUGUCUAGAAAGGCCACCUGUCCACAGUGGCUGCUUUUGCUGUUUUCUGUCGGUCGCAAAGGGCGAUACAACAACUUUCUUUUAAAGCCUUAUAUAUCCUGAAGAAAUAUUGCUGAUGUUAACAUUUGGUAAGAAUAGCCUGGGUUAGUUACUGUCAUUAUUAACUGUACCUGUCGUCGUUUGUUUCGCAUAGGAUGGAAUUAGACAUUUUCACACGCAAAGACAUUGAAAAAUUAAAACACAAGAAGUUUUGACUCCUGUGCGGGGAAGACAUAAGGGUGUCACACUUUUUAUAAUCAUUCAAAUAAUCUGAGAAUUGAAGAAGGAUGUGACUGAUUAGAAUCAGGAUUCUUGAAAGGAAGAAAGAUGAACAGUUCAACUGUCCACAGGUUCAGGGAUAUCAUGUAUUUAACCUGGAUUAAUCUACACCGAUUACUUUAUACUUCAAGUGGAAUUGUUUCAAAUUCUUGUGCCUACAAAUUUUUAACGACUUUGAAUUGAAUUUGAGAAACUCUUUGCACAGAUUUUCUUGCAUGAAUAGGAACUGAAUAGCAUUUAAUAGUUCACUCCACUUUUGGAAUGAGAGGGGUGGGGGCUGUAAAAUUCAAAUUCAGUACAAACGCUUAGUAUUCAUAGUAAUCGUAAUCAGAUUUGUCAUGAUUGUACCAGUAAUUGGUGAACUUUUCUUUAUAUUGCUAUUGCUAUUCUUUACAUUUAUUUCUGAUGUUUCUCAAAAGCACAUUCCAUGAUUACCGUUGAAUAAUGAUGCUUAUGACUAUGAAGCAAUUUCUAUAUGAAUGAUUUAUUCCUACAAAGGUUACGUCGAGUACUGGUUUUGUAAUUUUACAAUAAAACAAAAAUGUCCUGUAGAAUUUGUUCGGAAUAAAUGAUUUGGUUACAACGUUUUGUAAUCCUCAAAUAUAUAUCAAAAUUACUACAUCAUUCUAAAAAUCAAAAAGAAAAGCUAAUACUGCAUACACAUUGGAUACACAUCAUGGUAUCAAAAAAUAUUUCAUACCUGAAAAAUGGCUGGACAUAUUUCAAACUUUAAAGAACUUCAAAAGCAAUUCUAUUCAUGUGGUUAGUGUUCUUACCCAUUUGAUGAAGCGAUGACAUUACAAAAUUACUUUUUACCAUACCAGUACUCAAUGCUCUAGUUAAUUGGGAUUCAUGAGGAAUUUUCAAGAUAUGUUAUUCAAUCAUGUAUCAUAGAUGUUAUAAUUGUUUAGAUAUGUGGGGAAUAUUUGUGGUUUGUUUAUCAUUCAUUUGUAUUAGAUAGCAAAAUAUUGUACAUUUUUAUCUUCAAAUAUUAUUGUACUUAUUUGAGGCUGUGCCGUGUAUCCUUUGCUUUCUAAAACAUUACAAAUCGUAACCUAUAGACUGUAAGACAAUAUAUAACAAAUUGGUCAUGAGGCUGUAAUUGUACAUGAUGUAGUUAGGUAAAACACAUGGAAAAAGAUAAUGUAAAGAAUUUUACUUAAUUAUAUCAACAAAUAAAACAGACAAAAAUAAGGAGAGAAAGUAUCGAAGCUGUUUCCAUAUGCACAGAGCCUCUUAGCCAUAUAUUGUUGAAUUGAGUUGCAUUAUUUUGAUCAUAGUCAACGAUUUGAUGAAUAUUUAGUAUUUACUUGAAACACUACACCAAGUUGGCUGUACUGUAUUUGCAUGCUCAGUGUAACGUAUCAGUGUUUGGGGAGCAAGGUCCAUUUUUUUCGAAUAAACAAUGAGCAUUUCAUAAACAGGA